CACAUGACUGAAGAGCAUGUGAUGAGUCUGAACAGUGAUGGACAUGCGGUGCUUUAUAAUAUAUACUUCAGUCAUGAUGAUGGCAAUAUCACUGUCUUUAAAAACAGAUGACGCUCUCGUUUUCCAGCCGGCGGAAAUUUUUGUAAGCUCCAGGUCUGUGAAAGUUGGGGAAAUGAUCCGGUUCAAGUGCUCCGUCUUUGAGGAGAGCGACUCCAGUGAUCAGAUGAACAUGUUCCUGUGUAGAAAUGGUGUUGGAGUGAUGAUGAGACUCCUGGGGAGGAAAGGAGAAUACACCUUUAUUAUAAAGAACGUUUCAGAGCUGGACUCAGGAAACUACAGCUGUGUUUACUCCUUAAACAGAUAUAAUCUAGAAGAGGUGAAAUCUUCAGGACUGAACUCCAUCCACGUUCAGGUUACUGACAUUUCAUCAACGACGACCACACCAGCACCUCCAUCCACGAUAAGAACCAAGAGACGAACCUCAGAAAACGUGAAAACUUCCAGAAAAACCUCAGUCCAUGCUCAAGUCCCAGGCAAUGCUUCCGUUUUCCAGACGGCGGAAAUUUUUGUAAGCUCCAGGUCUGUGAAAGUUGGGGAAAUGAUCCGGUUCAAGUGCUCCGUCUUUGAGGAGAGCGACUCCAGUGAUCAGAUGAACAUGUUCCUGUGUAGAAAUGGUGUUGGAGUGAUGAUGAGACUCCUGGGGAGGAAAGGAGAAUACACCUUUAUUAUAAAGAACGUUUCAGAGCUGGACUCAGGAAACUACAGCUGUGUUUAUUCCUUAAACAGAUAUAAUCUAGAAGAGGUGAAAUCUUCAGGACUGAACUCCAUCCACGUUCAGGUUACUGGCAUGACUGAAGAAAAAUCAGAUUCUCAGUGGUGGAUAAAUUUGCUGAGAUUGUUUUGCUCGGUUGGAGUUCUCUUAUUUAUGUGUCUGAUAGUCGUUUUUGAUUUUUACUCAACAAGACCUCAACGUCCUGUUACCCUGGAUUCUGCAUAGAUUACAACCAUGCUGGAUUUAAUACAUCAGUUAAGCUUUAAUAUUUACAGUGUAUUGUGUGUGUGUGCGUGUGUGUUAAUUUAUGUAAAUAUGAAAUAUAUACAUUUAUCAAAGCAGAAUUGUACAAUAAAGAUAUUUUUCACAAUUGUAUAAUGCAGUGUAUUAUAUAAAAAAUACUGUUUUUAUGUAAUAGAAUGUAAUUCAAUGUAAAUAUAAAUUUAUGUUGUUCUUAUUCCUGUAUUUUGCAAUUUUUACACCAAUUUCAAAAGAAAAAAAAGUGAAUAAAGAGAAUAACAAAGACAUAAAAAUACGAUACGAUUCAAACACAUACAUACUGAGCAUUUAAAAAGAAAUGUAAAUAUUAAAGACGGAGGAUAAAGUAUAGCAAAACGUAAUGCAUAUAAUUAAAUUCCUUACUGUAUAAUUACAGUAAUUACAUUUAAAGUGCUUAUCUAUCUUUUUUAAACCAUAUAUAAUGUUGAAGGUUAAAAUAAUAUAUUUAAUAUUUAUGCAAAGUUACAAAGUCUCAUUUAUGUCAUCAGCAUUUUAUAAAUAUAUUUUGCAAUGUGUAUAAAACUGUGUUAUAAUAUAAUGUAUUGUAGAAAUCUUUUAAAUAAACUCGUAUCCAAAUAUAUAU